AAGUGAGGGAAAUUCAAAGCCAUUGUUUUGCUAUCAUCGCCUAGGUUUUGUUUCACUACCUAUAAAAAAGCAUAAAAAGAAGUGGCGGACUUUCCAACCCAAGCCAACAACAACAACAACAAAAAAGCUGUGUCUUAGUUAGCAGUCUUCGCUGAAAAUCCAAAGCUUUGAUUCCACUUUCUCUAUAUCUAUCACAUCCAUCCUACCCCUUUUAGCAAAAAAGCAAGAGAGAAAAAGAGAUGGCAGGCAUUGCAGCUGGUAUUUCUUCUUCUGGUGUGCUGCUUAGAGCUAGAGAGUCUGGAAGUAAUGGGGCUUCUUUGGUUCAGUAUAGUGGGCUUAGGCCAAGUGCCAACAUGCCAAUUGCUUCAACUAGGCCCAGUGCAAGUUGGUUGAUUUCAACUAGAGCUCCAAAAUGCAGAAUAAUUAAGGCCCAUGCUUCGACAAUUUCAGCUCCCACACGGGAAACGGAUCCUAAAAAACGUGUUGUCAUAACAGGAAUGGGCCUUGUUUCGGUUUUUGGCAAUGAUAUUGAUACAUUCUAUAACAAACUUCUUGAGGGGGAGAGUGGGAUUAGCCUAAUUGACAGGUUUGAUGCUUCAAACUUCUCCGUCCGGUUUGCAGGUCAAAUUCGUGAUUUUUCUUCCAAAGGCUACAUUGAUGGGAAGAAUGAUCGCCGGCUUGAUGAUUCCUGGAGGUACUGUUUAGUUGGUGGCAAGAGGGCCCUUGAAGAUGCCAACCUUGGAACUGAAGUUCUUGAAAAAAUGGACAGAACAAAAAUUGGAGUUCUAGUGGGAACAGGCAUGGGAGGCUUAACAGCAUUCAGCACUGGAGUGGAAGCUCUAAUCCAGAAGGGAUAUAAGAAAAUCACACCAUUCUUCAUUCCUUAUUCUAUCACCAACAUGGGUUCAGCAUUGUUAGCUAUAGACAAUGGCUUAAUGGGACCUAAUUACUCCAUUUCAACUGCUUGUGCAACGGCAAAUUACUGCUUCUUUUCAGCUGCUAAUCACAUUAGAAAAGGUGAGGCAGAAAUCAUGGUAGCUGGUGGGACUGAGGCUGCAGUCAUGCCUACUGGGGUUGCUGGGUUUAUAGCUUGCCGGGCUUUGUCUCAGAGAAAUGGCGAACCCCAGGGAGCUUCGAGACCAUGGGACAAAGAUCGUGAUGGUUUUGUCAUGGGAGAGGGUGCUGGAGUGCUGAUUAUGGAGAGCUUGGAGAGUGCAAUGAAAAGAGGAGCUAAAAUAUAUGCAGAGUAUUUAGGUGGUGCUAUAACAUGUGAUGCUCAUCACAUGACUGAUCCUAGGUCAGAUGGCCUUGGAGUUUCAUCUUGUAUAAAGAAGAGUUUAGAAGAUGCUGGAGUUUCUCCUGAAGAGGUGAACUAUGUGAAUGCUCAUGCAACAUCUACACUAGCAGGGGAUUUGGCUGAGGUCAAUGCAAUCAAGAAGGUUUUCAAGGACACAUCAGAGAUAAAGAUGAAUGGGACUAAGUCAAUGAUUGGACAUGGCCUUGGUGCUGCUGGUGGGUUGGAGGCCAUAGCAACUAUAAAAGCAAUUAACACUGGCUGGUUGCAUCCAACUAUUAACCAAAAUAACUUGGAGCCUGAUGUUACAAUCGACACUGUCCCAAACGUAAAGAAGAAGCAUGAAGUGAAUGUUGCUAUCUCGAACUCAUUUGGCUUUGGUGGGCACAAUUCAGUGGUUGUCUUUGCUCCCUUCACACCCUAAAUAAAACUCAACCCCACCUUCACCUUUCUAUAAUUAGAAUCAUCAAUUUUGAGAUGUUAAAGUUGUUGGAAGGAUAAAAGCGUUUACAUGAGUAUUGCAAUCAAGUGUGCUAUAAUGAGUCCUGAAGGCAAUGUUCCCUUCAUCAUUGUUUUGAUGAUUCAGAUUUAGUGAUUUUUUUCAGUGAAUAAAGCAUUCAUGCCAAAUUUCUCUUUGUUGUUCUUGUGUAUUUGUGGGCUUAUUUGCUAAGAAUGGAAUUUUGGAUUAUAUUGUUACA